UGAAAAUCAAAUGAAAAAAGCAAAACAUAAAUUGGGAGAAGGGGGUAAGAAUUAAAGAAAAACGCGACAAUUUGUUUCUCCUAAAUUCUGACAAGUUCCGAGAUUAAGGUCGAAAAGCCAUGGAAGAGAUGUCGAGUUCAGCAACAGCAAUAAACUCUUCCAAUAUUGGAUUUCAACUAUUGAAGAAACAAGGUUGGAAAGAAGGGACUGGUCUUGGAGUAUCUGAGCAGGGUAGAUUAGAACCUGUGGAAACUUAUGUAAAGAAUAAUAAACGAGGUUUGGGAGCAGAUAAAGUGAAGAAAAAGGCUGUGAAAGUGAAACCGGAUCAUAGCGAUUCCUCUAAAGGGACCAGUCAAGAGGAUCAUUUACCUCAAAAGAAAAGCAAAGCAUUGUCUAAACGGAUGAGAAAGAUGCAGGAGUUUGAGAAGAAAAUGCAAGAGAAGGAGUUUGAACGAGCUUUUUACAGAGAGUUCUGGCCAGAAAAUGUAUAAAAGAGAAUCGAGUAGUUCAUAUUCUAUCAGAAGUAGAGAAGAUUUCAGAAUUUGAGCAAAGGCCUUUGCGAAAUGAAGGAAUUACGUGCAAAUAUUAUUCACAUUAAGUUGUGAUAUAUGUAAGAGGGGAGGGGGAAAAGGCGCAGUAAACAUUGUAUUACUAAUUCGUUUUUUUACGAAAUGAAAAUGUAAAGAGUAGAACAUUUUUUUUUACGAAA